AUGGAGACAUUCUUAUACUAUGCAGGGAAACUCCUGUUUGAGGUCUGUCUGCAGAAAUACAGAGACCACCAAAGAAAACAAAUCUUCAAUGUUAGUCUUGUUGGUGGGUUAAUACGUAAUGUCUUUUGGGAAUAUUGUUUAACAACACAAGUGUUUUCCCAUAAAAAUACAGAAAAGAAGCAGACAGAAGAGGUGACAUCCUCACAGGAGAAGGAGCUGGCAGAAAAAGAUGCCACCAUAAGAGCUUUGGAAGAGGAGAACAAGACCUUAGCCAGCGAACUGGCCCAUCUUCUGGAGCGGAAUGAGGAACUGAAGCACUUUACAAAUCUUGAUCCAGAAAGAGAGGCUGAGAGAAAAGAGUUGGAGGUUGCAAUAUUGAAGAAAAAAUUGGAAAGGGAGCAGAAGGCAAUCAGCCGACUCACCGCUGAGGUCUCAAGAGAGAGGGAGAGGAGAAGAGACCUCAUGAGAGCCCGGGACCAGGCAAUCGAUGCCAUCUGCUCCCAGUUGCUAUCUAUACCUUACUCUGAGAGAAGAUUGUCGCCUCUGCAAGAAGCAAAUAGAAAAAAAUAUCUCAAUGCGUCAAGAAGUAGCUCGGGGUCAAGUUAUGACAGUUGACUCUAUUGUGGUCAAGAACAUGUGGGUUCCCAACCACAGAUUGUAGUAGAGAUGGAUGAAUUCAAAGACACCUGUACCUCUUUUGGGACUCCCUCUUCUCCCGUCUUAACUCAACCAGGAACAACCAGGACCAGCUGUGGCUCAGAGAUGUAGUCAAGUGACAUACAUCACUUUUUACACCUCUUCCUUUAACCAAGACAAUGGCAAUUGGUCCCAAUUUGGUCCCAACUGAAGUCGUAACAUGAUGACUACCUGUAUUAUGAAAAUUCUCCUUCACCACCAAAUACGCUCCUGAAGAAAUUGCUUUUGGCGUCCAUUUCUUGUCUGGGGUCAAAGUCAGGAAAAUGCUUCCAGAAAUUUGAAUGUCACGCAGGAUGACCGUGCCCUGAAAGUUUCUGCCCUGAGUACCUGGGAUGUUAAGAAAGAACACCUCAAGAGCGCCCAGGGGAAAGACAUCAAGCGUGCUUUGGUCAAUGGCCUUGCCAGCCAAGUUGAUACCUUCCAUUUGCCCAAAUGUCCACCCAUCCAUUGAUGAUGAAGUAAAAGAUGAUUAGGGAUCUGGAGGCUAAGUCUUACGACGAUUGAACUAGGCGUGUCUAGCCUAACCAAGCAAAGGAUUAGGAGUGUCAUGAUAGCUGUCUGCCAAUAGUUGAGGGGCUGCCAGAGAGAAAAAGGGGAUGGCCUAUUCUCCAAAGCAUCUGGAACAGGAUAAGAAGUAACCGACAGAAAAUCAUCAUGGAGGGAUCCAACCUAGAAUGAUGGAGAAAUUUCCU